AUGCGGACGCGUAAUGAUUUAUGUCACCCUUCAGCUAUAAGGAUAUACAAGGAGGAUGCGGUGGAGGAAUGCGUAAAGACGUGGAACCUCUGCAUGGAUGAGGAUGAACGAGUUUUGAGGGCACUCUCCUUGGGAUGCGAUGUAGCUGCGGGCAUAGUAGAGGGUGGUUUCACGGUUUGGACGGGGACGCGCCUCUUGCUCAAUUUCCUCGUCGACAGGACCGUUGACUUUGCUGGCAGGCACGUCCUUGACCUUGGCUGCGGGGCCGGAAUUCUGGGCAUCCACGCCCUCCUUCACCACGCCGCAUCCGUGACUUUCCAGGACUUCAAUUAUUGCGUGAUGAGGGCGUGGACGGUUCCGAACGUAAAGUUACAGUCAGCAGUUGAAAAGCAGAAAGCUGACUUUUGGACAGGUGAUUGGGAGGAUCUAGCGGAUGCCUGGCGUACACAGGGCAAACAAUUCGACGUGAUCCUUACAGCGGAGACUAUCUACCGCAGCGACUUGUAUUCAAAACUGCUAACAGCGCUGGAAGCCGUCUCCGCUCCCGACUGUCGUAUCUAUCUGGUGGCAAAACUCGCCUACCACGGUAAUGACGGGAGCCUGAAGGGCUUCUAUGAUUUUAUCCACCGCACACACGUGUUCAACUGCAUUGAAGUACAACUUGAGAGUGAGAAUACCUGCUACGGCUGCUUGAUAAUGUCCAAGUUUGGAAACAAAGGGCAGUAG